AUGCCCCCGCGGCCGGCGGAGAGCCGGGCCCCCGCGGCGGCGCGGAGCGGGGCGGCCCGGCCCCGGGGAGCCCGGCACGCAUGGCCCGAGCGCACCCGCGGAGCGCAGCAGCGCAGCGCAGCCCAGCCCAGCCCGGAGCGGCUCCGCCGUGCGCUCCCGCCGCCUCUCCCGGCGCCUCCCCCGCGCCGCCCGGCCAAGGCAGUGGCGGGGGGCGGCGGGGGCGAGGGGCAGCGGGGGGCGGGACCCGCGGGGGGCUGCGCCGCCGGGACACCGCCCCCCGCCCUCUCCCACCCCCGGCCGGCGGCGGGCACGGCGACCGGCACCGGGUGGGGACGGGGACCGGCACGGGAAACCCACCCCGGGGUGCCGGCACUGGGCGGGGACCGUGACCGUGACUGCCCCGGGAACCCCACCCCGGGGUGCUGGGAUCGGGACUGCCCCGGGAGAUCAAGAAUACCUGGACUGGGCGGGGGGAACCCACCCCGGGGUGCCGGGACUGAGCGGGGACCGGGGGGCCGGGACCGUGACCGCCCCGGGGACCACCCCCCGGGAUUCUGGGACCGGCCCGAGACUGUCUUGGGAAGUCCCCUGGAAGUGCCAGCAGCGCCCAGGGACAGUGACCCACCCGCAGCAGCCCCCGGCACGGGGCCGAUUCUCAGCUCAGUCUGCUCGGUGCCCGCGCACCGGAACCGGGCACCGGGCGGCAUCUGGGACGAGGGGCUGGGGCCGCACAAGGGACCCCGGGGAGGGCACAGCACUGCCCACGGAGCUGUCCCUGCCCCGGCAAUACCGGUGUUUAUGCGCUGCCCAGGAGCUGCUUCAGCCUGA